AUGCGAAUAUCACUAUCUGGCAACUUAUGUCUUAAUCGUGAAGUAAUCAACUUACUGUCAUAUCGUGGCAUAUCCAAUGAACAUAUUCUUGUUUUUCAACUGCGAAAUAUCUUAUGGCUUAUUGCGUCAUUUUUUUCCAAUAAAUCAGCCUUGUGCGUUCUUCGUGAUAAGAUUCUUCAUGUUUUACCAUGGUUACAAAUUUCUCGUCAUUCAAAUUUAUCAACCGAACCUUUUUUUCGUCGUCUUCUUCUUACAACAAUUACUAAUAAUCUUCAUCAAAUAGUAACAAGAGCUCAUAUCCGUGUUCCGAAAGCACGUUAUAUGUUUGGCAUCGUUGAUGAAUAUAAAGUACUUAAAGAAGGACAAGUUUUUAUUCAAAUUACUGAUGAAGAUGGACAUAAAACUAUUUUGGAAGGACCAGUUGCUAUUACAAAAAAUCCAUGUCAUCAUCCAGGAGAUUUACGUGUUUUAAAAGCUGUUAAUGAGAAGUCUCUCCAUCAUUUAUAUGAUGUUUUAGUAUUUCCUCAACAAGGCUCACGACCACAUGCCAGUGAAAUAUCUGGAUCGGAUCUGGAUGGUGAUGAGUAUACUGUCAUUUGGGAUCCAACACUCGUACCUAUUUCACCUAAUCCAACUCCAUACGAGUAUGAUUCUGGACCAAGUCCAAAGCCUCUUAAUCGUAUCGUAACGCGCAAUGAUCGCUUAAAAGUUAUAUUGGAUAUUUGUGAACAAGACAAUUUAGGCCGUUUGAGUAAUAUUCAUCUUGUUCUUGUCGAUCAGCUCGGUAUUGACAGUGAAGAAGCAAUUUUAUUAGCUGCUGGAUUAAGUCAAGAAUUAGAUAGCGUAAAAUCAGGUGAACAUCCGUAUACAUCAGAUCAAAUUAAGAACAUUGUUAACACAGCUGGUACAACUAGACCUGAUUUUAUGCAAAUAUCUGAUUAUGAAGUGUAUCAAUCUCAGAAAAUACUUGGAAAAUUAUUUCGAAGUGCUCAUCAUUUAAAUGAUACAUUUAAAAAUGCAUUUUCUAAUGAUAAUAAUGACAUUAGUCUUGAUCGAAAUCUUCUUCACACAGGUUAUGAAGAAUAUAUUGAUUUUGCACAAAGUCUUUACAAACGAUAUCAAUUCGAGAUGUUAGAAAUUAUUGGAUCUUAUGGAUUUUCUAAUGAAAUUGAUCUUUUUUGUUGUAUUGAAUCACGUAACAUGAAAGCCAAUGAAAGAAGUGAUAUCCAACAAACAGCACAACAAUUAUUAAAAGCAAUUUUUCAAAAUAUUCGAAAGAGUUUUAAUAAUGAUCUUAUAACAUAUCAUAAAGUAAAAGCUAAAGCAGCUGCUUGUUAUUACGUAGCAUAUACUGAUACAAGUGGUAAAGACAAACGUAUGUUAAGUUUUCCUUGGUUAUUUGCUGCUCCACUUCUUGUCGAUUAUUCUAUUGCUUCUGAAGAUAAAGAAACCAAUGAUUUUAUGGAAUAUAUGUUCAAUUCAAAUUCAAAGUUGUACCAUUACCUAAAGAAACAAUUACCUUCUAUGAUGAAUCUACUCCCGAAUGGCAAACAAUUUACUUUUAUGAAAAUUUUGGAAAUAUGUUUUGAAAGUGCAUGUGCUACUAAUAAUGAACAAAUGAUUAAUUAUGCCGAAACACUUAUUGAAAUGUUGAUUGCAAUUUCAAAAACAUAA